CUGGAAUCGGGCUCUGACUAUCUCAAGAUCGAUAACAUGACCGGGGAGCUGAGCACCACGGAGCGGCGCAUCGACCGCGAGAAGCUGCCGCAGUGCCAGAUGAUCUUCGACGAGAACGAGUGCUUCCUGGACUUCGAGGUGUCGGUCAUCGGCCCCUCGCAGAGCUGGGUGGACCUCUUUGAGGGCCGGGUCAUCAUUCUGGACAUCAACGACAACACCCCCACCUUCCCCUCCCCUGUCCUCACACUUACCGUGGAGGAGAACCGGCCUGUGGGAACCCUCUACCUACUCCCCACCGCCACCGACAGGGACUUCGGCCGCAACGGCAUCGAGCGCUACGAACUGCUACAACGCCUGCUGCGGCUUGACGAGCCCUCCGGCUGGCUCAGUGUCUUGCAUCGUAUUGACCGGGAGGAGGUUAACCAGCUUCGCUUCACUGUCAUGGCUCGAGAUCGGGGCCAGCCCCCCAAGACAGACAAGGCCACAGUCGUGCUUAACAUCCGCGAUGAGAAUGACAACGUGCCCACCAUUGACAUCCGGAAAAUUGGACGCAUCCCACUCCGGGACGGGGUGGCUAGCGUGACUGAGGAUGUGCUGGUGGAUACCCCUAUUGCUCUGGUGCAGGUGUCAGACCGAGACCAAGGUGAAAAUGGUGUGGUGACGUGCACUGUGGUGGGCGAUGUGCCCUUCCAGCUCAAGCCUGCCAGUGAGGGUGAAGGGGAGCCGCAGAACAAGCGCAAGUAUUUCCUCCAUACCUCAGCCCCUCUGGACUAUGAGGCUGUCCGCGACUACAACGUGGUGAUCGUGGCAGUGGACUCAGGCAGCCCCAGCUUGUCCAGCAACAACUCCUUGCUGGUGCGGGUUGGGGACACUAAUGACAACCCUCCCAUGUUCAGCCAGGCUGUGCUGGAGGUCUCCUUCCCAGAGAACAACUUGCCUGGCGAGAGGGUGGCCACAGUAGUUGCCACAGAUGCGGACAGUGGUAAGAAUGCUGAGAUCACCUACUCCUUAGAGGCCUCACCCCUCUCCUCGGAGGCACCGGGUGGCAUCUUCACCAUUGACCCUGACUCUGGGGACGUGUCAGUGCAGGCAGUGCUGGACCGUGAGCAACGUGAUACCUACGAGUUCCUGGUGACAGCCCGAGACAAAGGGGUGCCAUCGCUACAGGGCUCCACUACAGUGGUGGUGCGGGUGGCGGAUCGCAAUGACAAUGAGCCACGCUUCAUGCAGGAUGUGUUCACUUUCUAUGUGAAGGAGAACCUGCAGCCCAACAGCCCCGUGGGCAUGGUGACUGUGAUGGACUUUGACAAGGGCCGCAACGCUGAGCUCAGCCUCUCCAUCCAGCCCAGUGACCAUGACCAGACAGCUGGCAUCUUCUCCAUUGAGAAUGACACUGGAACCAUUUUCUCCACUGUCUCUUUUGACCGAGAGCAGCAGACCAGCUACACUUUUAAGGUGAAGGCAGUGGAUGGGGGUGAACCCCCACGCUCCGCCACUGCCACUGUGUCCCUGUUUGUGAUGGAUGAGAAUGACAAUGCUCCCACUGUCACCUUCCCCAGCAACAGCUCUUAUACUGUGCUGCCACCCUCCAGCAACAUGCGCACCGUGGUGGCCACAGUGGUUGCCACUGAUGCUGACACCGGUCUCAAUGCUGACCUCAACUACAGCAUCAUAGGGGGCAAUCCCUUCAAACUCUUUGAGAUCGACCCAGCCAGUGGUGUGGUGUCACUGGUGGGCAAGCUGGCCCCCAAGCACUAUGGCCUGCAUCGCAUUGUGGUGCAGGUGAAUGACAGUGGGCAGCCUCCCCAGUCUACUACUGCCCUGCUCCAUGUCUUCGUCAAUGAGAGCCUAUCCAAUGCCACUGUGGUGGAAAGCCAGGUGGCCCGCAGCCUCCACACACCCCUGGCCCAGGACAUUGCUGGAGACCCCAGCUACGAGCUGAGCAAGCAGCGGCUUAGCAUCGUCAUUGGUGUGGUGGCCGGCAUCAUGACAGUCAUCCUCCUCAUCCUGGUGGUGGUCAUGGCCCGCUACUGCCGUUCCAAGGGCAAACAUGGCUAUGAGGCUGGCAAGAAGGACCACGAGGAUUUUUUCACCCCGCAGCAGCACGACAAGGCCAAGAAGCCCAAGAAGGACAAAAAAGGCAAGAAGGGCAAGCAACCUCUCUACAGCAGCAUCGUCACCGUCGAGGCUUCCAAGCCCAAUGGGCAGCGCUAUGACAGUGUCAAUGAGAAGCUCUCGGACAGCCCUGGUAUGGGGCGGUACCGCUCAGUCAAUGGUGGCCCAGGCAGCCCCGACCUCGCCAGGCACUACAAGUCAAGCUCGCCGCUGCCCACCGUCCAGCUGCACCCGCAGUCCCCUACCUCUGGCAAAAAACACCAGGCCGUGCAGGACCUGCCCCCGGCCAACACCUUUGUGGGUGCCGGCGACAACAUCUCCAUCGGGUCGGACCACUGCUCCGAGUACAGCUGCCAGGCCAGCAGCAAGUACAGCAAGCAGCCAUUUCGUAGAGUGACGUUUUCUGUUGUGAGUCAGCCUCAGGACCCACAUCAAGGGUCAUUGCAGAGUUGCUAUGACAGCGGUCUGGAGGAGUCAGAAACACCAAGCAGUAAGAGUUCAUCAGGGCCAAGACUGGGUGCCCUUCCACUCCCAGAGGACAACUACGAAAGGACUACGCCGGAUGGCAGUGUUGGUGAGGCAGAGCAUAUGGAAAAUGAUUCAAGGCCUCUACCAGAUGUAGCCCUGACAGGGAAGUGUACCCGAGAGUGUGAUGAAUACGGCCACUCAGACUCCUGCUGGAUGCCAGUCCGCACUUCUCCGGAAAGAAAGCAGAAGAGUCAGCCGAAACUCUCCACUUUCAUGCCUGUUGAUGAACGGGGCAGUCAGGAAAAGCUGGCCAAUGGAGAAGCCUCCCUCAUGGGUGAUCGCAACAGAAACCUCCUUAACAAAAAGUUGACCUCAUCUUAUGAGACCUUCAGUGUGGCUAGUUUCAGCAAAAAUGAAGAAGGCAAUCCAGAAGAUAUCCCCCUUACACAGACAGGGGAAUACAAGCCAUCUCCUGUCAAUACUCUAACUAGAAGGGAAGUUUACCUGUAG